AUGGUUGGUGGGCGGCAGAACAGUGUGGUAAUACAAAAGCUGCAGCCUGACACACCGUAUGCUAUUACCGUGUCAUCGAUGUAUGCGGAUGGUGAAGGGGGCCGAAUGACAGGACGAGGCAGAACCAUAAUUUCCUUUAUUAAUCCUACCUAUGUUGCAUUUUGUGCAGUUCAGACAGGUGGUCCGGGCAUACCAGAGGAAAAGAAGGUUGAAGCUCAAAUACAAAAAUGCUCCAUAAGUGCAAUGACAGAUUUAGUUUUCCUGGUAGAUGGUUCAUGGAGUGUAGGGAGAAACAACUUCAGAUAUAUUCUGGACUUCAUGGUGGCCCUUGUGUCAGCUUUCGACAUUGGGGAAGAAAAGACAAGAGUUGGAGUUGUUCAGUACAGUUCAGAUACAAGAACAGAGUUUAAUUUAAAUCAGUAUUUCAGAAGAAGUGAUCUUCUUGACGCAAUUAAAAGGAUACCUUAUAAAGGUGGCAACACAAUGACAGGUGAAGCUAUUGAUUACCUGGUUAAAAACACUUUCACUGAGUCAGCUGGAGCAAGAAAAGGCUUUCCCAAAGUAGCAAUUGUCAUUACGGAUGGAAAAGCUCAAGACGAAGUUGAAAUUCCUGCAAGAGAGCUUCGCAACAUAGGAGUUGAAGUUUUUUCUUUAGGAAUCAAAGCAGCAGAUGCAAAAGAACUCAAGCUAAUUGCAUCUCAGCCUUCACUGAAACAUGUGUUCAACGUGGCUAAUUUUGAUGGAAUUGUAGAUAUACAGAAUGAAAUUAUAUUGCAAGUGUGCUCUGGAGUGGAUGAACAGCUGGGUGAACUAGUUAGUGGAGAAGAAGUGGUGGAGCCUGCUUCAAAUCUAGUAGCCACUCAGAUCUCCUCAAAAUCUGUUAGGAUCACUUGGGAUCCAUCUACAAGCCAAAUAACUGGCUAUCGGAUACAGUUCAUCCCAAUGAUAACUGGUGGAAAACAACACGUGCUGAGUGUGGGUCCUCAGACUACUGCUCUGAAUGUUAAAGAUCUCUCUCCAGACACAGAGUAUCAAAUUAAUGUUUAUGCAAUGAAAGGACUGACCCCCAGUGAGCCCAUAACUAUAAUGGAAAAAACACAGCAAGUCAAAGUUCAAGUGGAAUGCUCACGUGGUGUGGAUGUAAAAGCUGAUGUUGUGUUUUUAGUGGAUGGCUCCUACAGCAUUGGUAUCGCCAAUUUUGUUAAAGUAAGAGCCUUUUUGGAAGUGUUAGUUAAAAGCUUUGAGAUAUCGCCUCGAAAAGUACAGAUAAGUCUUGUCCAGUACAGCAGAGAUCCCCAUAUGGAGUUUUCUUUGAACAGAUACAACAGAGUGGAAGACAUAAUUCAAGCUAUUAACACCUUCCCCUACAGAGGUGGAUCUACCAACACAGGCAAAGCGAUGACAUAUGUGAGGGAGAAAGUAUUUGUUACCAGCAAAGGAUCAAGACCAAAUGUGCCAAGAGUCAUGAUUCUUAUCACUGAUGGAAAAUCAUCAGAUGCUUUUAAAGAACCUGCAAUAAAGCUGAGGGAUGCAGAUGUAGAAAUAUUUGCAGUUGGUGUGAAGGAUGCAGUGCGUACAGAGUUAGAAGCAAUUGCAUCACCUCCUGCUGAAACUCAUGUUUACACAGUGGAAGACUUUGAUGCUUUCCAAAGAAUAUCAUUUGAACUUACACAGUCUGUCUGCCUACGCAUUGAGCAGGAACUGGCUGCAAUAAGGAAAAAAUCUUACGUUCCUGCAAAGAACAUGGUCUUUUCUGAUGUAACAUCUGACAGUUUCAAAGUGAGCUGGUCUGCAGCUGGAUCUGAAGUUUUGUCAUAUCUCAUUAAAUAUAAAGUAGCGAUUGGUGGAGAUGAAUUCAUUGUUUCAGUACCAGCUUCAAGUACUAGCUCAGUUCUCACUAACUUGCUGCCUGAGACUACUUACGCAGUCAGUGUGAUUGCUGAAUAUGAAGAUGGCGAUGGGCCCCCUUUGGAUGGAGAGGAAACCACCUUAGAAGUUAAAGGUGCUCCUCGAAACUUAAGGAUAACAGAUGAAACCACUGAUAGUUUUAUAGUUGGCUGGACUCCAGCUCCAGGAAAUGUUCUAAGGUACAGACUUGUAUAUAGACCACUUACUGGAGGAGAAAGGAAACAGGUGACUGUCUCAGCAAAUGAAAGAUCGACUACUCUGCAGAACUUGUUUCCAGAUACAAGAUAUGAAGUGUCUGUUAUUGCUGAGUAUCAGUCUGGGCCCGGCAAUGCGCUGAAUGGAUAUGCAAAAACUGAUGAAGUCCGGGGAAAUCCAAGAAAUCUGAGAGUUUCUGAUGCUACAACAUCAACAAUGAAGCUGUCUUGGAGUGCUGCUCCUGGCAAAGUGCAACAGUACUUUAUAACUUACACACCAGUGGCAGGAGGUGAAACUAAGGAAUUGACUGUGAAAGGUGACACUACAUCUAAAGUGCUGAAAGGUUUAGAUGAAGCCACUAGGUAUGCACUGACUGUGUCUGCCUUGUAUGCCUCUGGAGCAGGAGAAGCCCUUUCUGGAGAGGGAGAAACACUCGAAGAACGUGGUUCGCCUCGCAAUUUGAUUACCACAGACAUAACUGACACUACGGUUGGGCUAUCAUGGACACCAGCUCCAGGAGCAGUUAAUAAUUAUAGGAUAGUGUGGAAAUCACUUUAUGAUGAUACAAUGGGAGAGAAGAGAGUCCCUGGAAAUACGGUGGAUGCAGUGCUGGAUGGCUUGGAGCCAGAGACUAAGUACAGGAUUUCUGUAUAUGCAGCUUACAGCAGUGGAGAAGGAGAUCCUGUAGAAGGAGAGGCCUUCACUGAUGUGUCACAAAGUGCCAGAACUGUGACAGUAGACAACGAGACAGAGAAUACAAUGAGAGUUUUGGCAGCCCUCACCCGGGAAGGUCUUGUCUUACCGUGUGUACUACCGACCCGCAGUGGAGGAAGGCAGAUGUUUGGAAGAGUAAAUGCUCCUGCCACAAGCAUAGUGUUGAAGAGACUUAAGCCUCGAACUACGUAUGACCUCAGUGUUGUUCCAAUUUAUGAUUUUGGACAAGGAAAAUCAAGAAAAGCAGAAGGAACAACAGCCUCUCCCUUUAAGCCGCCUAGAAAUUUGAGAACUUCUGAUUCAACUAUGUCAAGCUUCCGAGUAACCUGGGAGCCUGCCCCUGGACGUGUGAAGGGGUACAAAGUAACUUUCCACCCUACUGAAGAUGACAGGAAUCUUGGAGAAUUAAUAGUGGGGCCCUAUGACAGCACUGUGGUUUUGGAGGAACUUAGGGCAGGAACAACCUAUAAGGUAAAUGUUUUUGGAAUGUUUGAUGGAGGAGAAAGCAACCCCCUGGUUGGACAAGAGAUGACCACUCUUUCAGACACUACUACGGAGCCAUUUUUAUCUAGAGGUUUAGAAUGUCGAACCAGAGCAGAAGCUGAUAUCGUGCUACUGGUGGAUGGCUCAUGGAGUAUUGGGAGGCCAAAUUUUAAAACUGUCAGGAACUUCAUUUCCCGUAUUGUUGAAGUUUUUGAUAUUGGUCCUGACAAAGUACAGAUUGGUCUUGCACAAUAUAGUGGAGAUCCCAGGACAGAAUGGAAUCUCAAUGCUUACCGAACAAAAGAGGCUUUGUUAGAGGCAGUAACCAACCUACCAUACAAAGGAGGCAAUACUCUAACAGGAAUGGCCUUGGAUUUCAUUUUAAAAAACAACUUUAAACAAGAUGCAGGCUUGAGGCCCAGAGCUCGCAAAAUUGGUGUUCUCAUUACUGAUGGUAAAUCACAAGAUGACGUAGUCACCCCUUCAAGAAGACUCAGAGAUGAAGGAGUGGAACUUUAUGCAAUUGGUAUUAAAAACGCAGAUGAAAAUGAAUUGAAGCAGAUUGCAACUGAUCCAGAUGACAUCCAUGCCUACAAUGUUGCAGAUUUCUCCUUUCUGGCUAGCAUUGUUGAGGAUGUAACCACAAAUCUGUGUAAUAGUGUGAAAGGUCCAGGUGAUUUGCCACCUCCUUCUAACCUAGUUAUUUCAGAGGUAACACCUCGUUCUUUCAGACUAAGAUGGAGUCCACCUCCAGAAAGUGUUGAUAGAUAUCGAGUUGAAUAUUACCCUAUCACUGGAGGUCCCCCUAAACAGUUUUAUGUAAGUAGGAUGGAAACUACAACAGUUUUGAAAGAUCUGACACCUGAAACAGAAUACGUUGUUAAUGUGUUUUCUGUGGUAGAAGACGAAAGCAGUGAACCUCUAAUCGGCAGGGAAAUAACUUAUCCACUGUCUUCAGUUAGAAACCUGAAUGUUUAUGACAUUGGACCAACUUCCAUGAGAGUGAGAUGGGAACCCGUCAAUGGAGCUACUGGUUAUUUGUUAACAUAUGAGCCUGUGAAUGCCACAGUCCCAAUUGCAGAGAAAGAGAUGCGUGUUGGACCAUCAGUGAAUGAGGUUCAGCUGGUAGACCUCAUCCCCAAUACUGAGUACACUUUAACAGCUUAUGUAUUGUUCGGUGAUAUCACCAGUGACCCACUCACCUCCCAGGAAGUGACAUUGCCUUUGCCUGGACCAAGAGGUGUGACAAUUAGGGAUGUUACUCACAGCAGCAUGAAUAUCCUUUGGGAUCCUGCCCCAGGGAAAGUCCGAAAAUACAUCAUAAGAUACAAAAUAGCUGAUGAAGCUGAUGUAAAGGAGGUGGAAAUUGACAGACUCAAAAGCAGCACUACUCUUACUGACCUUUCUUCCCAAAGACUGUAUAAUGUGAAGGUUGUUGCUGUGUAUGAUGAAGGGGAAUCUCUACCAGUAGUUGCAGAGGCUGUCACUCAGCCUGUGCCAUCACCAGUCAAUCUGAGAAUCACGGAGAUAACCAAGAAUAGUUUCAGAGGAACUUGGGAUCAUGGAGCUCCAGAUGUUUCUCUCUAUAGAAUAACCUGGGGACCAUAUGGUAGAUCAGAAAAAGAGGAGAGUAUUGUAAAUGGAGAUGUCAACAGUCUGCUCUUUGAAAAUCUGAACCCAGAUACAUUGUAUGAAGUCUCAGUUACUGCCAUCUAUCCUGAUGAAUCAGAAAGUGAUGACUUGAUUGGCAGUGAACGAACAUGUAAGUAA